AGCUUCUAUCAUCUCAGUUCGACGAACUUCGAGCUAGUCUCGAGAAUUCAUCGAAAACGAAAAGAUUGUCAGAAAAUUUAUGGUACCCGACGCCACGACACCCAGCUAAGCUACAAUCUCAAGACACUGCUAGCAGCUCCAGCAGUAUAGAAACGCUUUUACUUCGGGUAUUAGAUCGACCAUUAGCAAUUUUGGACGGAUACCAGGCUGAUCACGAGGAAAACUCGAGCGACAUGGACACAAAGUCUCUGGAAAGCAGAAGUGCCAAUAACAGUGAAGCCGAUUUGCAAAUUCUACUUAGUGCACUCGACUCCUCCAGUCGAAUCUCGUGUCAAGAACAAGCCCCACACCCUGCAUCCAAUUUUAAACCCGAUGGUGGAGAGUCGCAACUUGAAUACAAUGGAGAAGUUGGGACAGAAUAGCAAGAGCACCUCCAUCGGUUCGAUACGACCGAGUAUACAGCAACACGAUGUGGGCGCUGACGUGACGCUGAAUCGUAAACAGAAGCCUGCGAGUGCGUACAAGUUCUACCAAAAGCUAGUUCAGGACUUUGACUCCUUAGAGCGAGAGAUGGAGAGUCAUCAAGAGCAACAAAAGCAACUAGAGGCUCAGUUAGAACGUGCAAAAGCGAAAAUCCAAGCCUCGAAAGCUCAAGAUCAGCAAGCGCAGAAGCUUCAAUGGGAACGCGAACGCGAUAACCAACUGGAAAUAUUCGUCCAGCAACGCACUACUAUCGACAAUCUCCGAGCUCAAACAGAAGAACUGGAGGCUCAGGAAUUGCGUCUUCAAGCUGAGAUGGAAGUUCUGCAUGAGAAACAACAAGAAGCCAGCGAGACUGAAGCUCGUCGAAUCCGUCGACUUGUCCAUGAGCGGACGACACUACUCGAAGACGAACUAGCAAAAGGAAAAUUGGAUCUGGACUAUAUCACCCAAGUCGUCUCCUCUGCUCACCGUCAAGAACUAAAGCAAAAUCAACCUGACAACCACGAGAAUACUGCAUUGUCCGUGAAUAAUCUUGUACAAGAUGUUCAGGAGCGAAGACGUCGAGACUUUGAAGUGGCGGAAUCGAAUUUUCUGAAUAGGAUGCGCAGUUUCCAACUCGAAAAAGAUGAGUUGGCUAAGAAAGCGAAGGAGUUGCAAGUGACGAAGAAGCGAGCGCUUCAGAUCUUGUCACAGAAUCAACAGCUCGCUAUCAAAAGUUUUUUCGAUACACCAUUAACUGAGGAAAAAAGAUCGAGUUCUCCAUCUCUAGAUUUUGGGGAAAUUCUACAGUCGCUUAAUCAGAGUGGAUCGCAAGUGAAGCAGAUCCAAGCUGUUGGUUCAGAGCGAAACUCUGGUCGCCGGAACUUUGCGGAUGCUCUUCAACAAGCACGUGCCAAUUUGGAGAGAGGAAGCAAACGUAUUGAAGAAAUUCAAAAGAAUUUAGAGAGCCGAAAGAUUGAAGCUCAAAAAUUAGGUGUCUCGAUUUCAGGAGCGAUAGCUACGGGGUACGAUGGAAAGUGGGGGAUUGAGUCCUAUUCUCCAAGGCAAUAUGAGACGGUUUAUUUCGUGCGUACACUUGUGUUUUCGUGGAUAAACACGGCAGUAGCAGAGGUUAAUGCUGCACCAGAUAAAGAACUCCUUGAAUUUGAGGUAAAACGUUGGAGUGCUACUCAUCGUAGUGUUGAGUAUGAUCGUGAUCGAGAGAGGAAUUUCAGCCUGGCCGGGUAUAUACUUGAUAAUUUGAUGCGAGAAGUCAUCAUUGAAAUCGCAGCGGACAUUCGAUCGGAGUUUGAGUGGAAUUGCCAUCGUGUUCGAGAUACUAUUACAACUGCUAUCAAUAAUGUUUUGUUCCCAAGCGAGAAGUUUGUGCCUCCACAGGCCAAGGAAACACCCGCCAAAUCUCAAGGACCUUUGUGGGCAUUACGGUCUUCACUGUUCGAGUUCUCUUUUGAUCAUAUGCGGACACUUCGAAAUCGUCGAAAUAAUUCAAGUUCUAUCGCCCAUGUACAUCAAACCACUUUGCCAGUAUCACGACGGCAAGCAGCAACGACAAAACCCCCUCCCCCGACAACUAAAAGCCCAGCAAAAAAGAUGUUCGGGCUCUUUAAGAUAUCAAGAGGUGGUGCAGCACUCGAAGUAAAGAAAGAAACAUUAGAACAACCACAGGUUGUAAUGUCCAAGCCUGAUGCUGAAAUUAUCCCGUUUAUUCCUUCGGACAGACCCACUUCGCCACCAGAUACAUUUACUACGACAUUUUGGCAGAACCCGCAACUUCGUCUACGAACAAUCACAAUGCCGUCGUCACAUGGUCAUUCUUCAUGCUUACAGAUAUCAUCAACUGGUGACCUAUUGAUCUGCGGUACAGUCGACGGUGAGCUUAUACUCUGGGAUCUUCUCCCUGAUCAGCCACUAAUUAUCCGGAUGUGGUCACCACCAAAAGCCGAGCGUUCAAGGAUUAUUCGAGUGGUUUUAAGUCCCGACUCCCAACUUGUGAUAGCGUUCUCCAGACGCAAAACCAUCGGAGUUUUUGCCAUUAACCCGACCAAUACUACUUCCCAAGCCAAACCAAAACAUGCUACGCACUCAGAAGAUCGCUUUCCAGUUGAUCCCAAGAAAUACAAACCCCGCAUUUUUGAACUUUUAAUGCAAAUUUCAGCAGCUGAUGCGUUGGCCGAGCUGACAUUCACGUCUGCACUGCAUGAUCGAGCACCAAAUGCUGUCUCUAAGAACCCAGUAGCGAGUUCGUCAGCCGCUGAGUUGACCUGUGGGUCAUUCUUCGCAUCGUUUUCUCAUACUGGAAUAAUGAAAGCUACCAGUAUUUUAUUCGGAGCUUCGACGGGUGACUUGUUAAAGAUAAACUUGAAUCCUCAGCGUGAGGAUGAAGCUCAAUGGGAUAUUAUUCAAGCAGCAUUUGACUCUCCUGGUCAAACUGAUACCAACUCACUCAGCACAAAACUCAUCCGACGCGAGUUCUUUCGAGGCCACCGACGAGCUGUUUUUUUCGCCUCGUGCAUACAUCGACAGAGUAGCGAGCUACAACCCACUGAGAUUCUUAGUGUAGAUCAGGACGGCGUCGUGUGUAUCUGGGAGUACAAAGCAGCAAAAUUCGCUGGAUUCGGAUGGUUCGAGCCAACUGUGAAGCUGCAGAUGGAGUUAGGGCUUGACCAAAUACAAGGUGAGAUGUUGCAAGUCGCUCUGACACCGGAUCACACACGACUCGUUUCAAUGGUGUUCUACGCUGACCCGACGAAGAAGGAGGUUGCAGGAACUCUCCGUUUCUUACAGAUUCUUACGUCAUCAAUGCGGCUCGAUCGGGUACAGAUGAGUACGAAUUUUGUUGGAGGUAAUGGUGCUCCUCGAUUCGCACUCACCAAGAAUUUUCUUCUGCUCUUGGCCAACAACGUCGUUCGAGUGUUUACAUUGCGUACAGGAAAAGAGGCGCAACAAUCUAUCGUACUCUCACCUCCAGGUCAGCAACAACUUGUCUUCAACAAUAUUACGUGUAGCACCAGUGUCACACACAACAAACCUGAUUCUCCUAUGAAAACAUCGAGAGGUAGGCCAGUCCCCACCACGAUAACUUUUGUCGUGUCCGGCGAUCAGCAUUCUCGGCUGCUUGUCCACUCGUUUACUGCUUCCUCGUCACUAAGUUCAAAUAAUAUCAAACACCUUCACUGAUUCCUGCCAUGAUCAUCUAUUCUCCGAGUUUCCUUCUACCAGAUUCGAGUGCCACACUAUUAACUGGCAUGUUUCAAGAAGUGCUGGUGUCUGGGCAUAUUGCGUCUGGAACGUACUGUCCUGUACCAGUCGAACGUACUCAUCCACCAC